ACCAGUAAUAAUUAAGAUUAGCAAAAAAACAAAACUCGUAGGAAAUAGUGGUAGAGUAGAGUAGGUAAUAAGGCUGCCAGCUGUUACCAUAUCACUCUUUCUCCUUCACUUCUUCUCUCUAUCGUCUUCUUCUUUCUCUUCUCCACUCUCUCUUUCUCUCUGUUACUCAAUUAGGGUUUCCAUUUUUCCGAUCCACACUUCACUCCUCCACAAUAACCACCGCAUCACCUCCUUUUUCUCUCUCACUCUCUCUCCUCAUACACGAUCUUAAGCUUGGAGUUGGAGGUAGUAGUUUGAUUCAGCUCUAUGGGUGGUCAUUUGGCUUUUCACCGGCAUCGAUUUGGUUCUUCUGUGUAAAAACUCAAUGUUACCUGAGGGCUAGGAAGUUAUGGGCUGCUAUCGGGAUGCUAAUUAUUAUAGAGGUUCUUUGUGUUGUCGGGUAAUUUUAUUUGUCAUCUGGCUUCCUUUAUUCCUAGAUGUGACAGCACAAGAAAUAUAUGCUGACCGUAGACGAAUUACUUCACUAGUAGUGUUAGCUCAGGAACCUACUUCUGGAGAUUCCGGACUCUUUGAACCCAUAGAAAUAUCACCUGCUGUCAUACCUAAAGUCCCAUUUCCCACCGGGUCUGUCCCACCAAUGUAUCCUGCUCUUAAUUUCUCAACCAGAUAUGAACCAGUAUUAACUGGCAAAUGCCCUGUAAACUUUUCACUACCAGAAAUAUCAGAUAUCCUCGAUAAAACAGCAUUUGAUUGCUCUGGGCCCUUGGCAUCCGUUGUAUGGAAUGUAAUAUGUUGUCCACAGUUUAGUAGCUUAAUGCACAUCUUCCAGGGUUUCUUCGGCAUGAAAUCGAAUAAUCUGGUUUUGUCAAAUGCAGUUGCCGAUCAUUGCUUUUCUGAUAUUGUUAGUAUUUUAGCCAGCAGAGGGGCAAAUAGUACAAUCCCCACACUUUGCUCCAUUAAAUCAUCUAAUUUUACAGGUGGAUCAUGCCCUGUGAAAGAUGAUUCUACUUUUGAAAGAACAGUUAACACAAGUAAAUUAGUUGAGGCCUGCAGAACUGUUGAUCCACUUAAAGAGUGUUGCAGACCUGUUUGUCAGCCUGCAAUUAUGGAUGCAGCACUUCAGAUUUCUGGCAGACAGAUGGCGAUCAAUAAUGACAAUAUGGCUGGAGAAAUGAAUCACGCUGAUUAUCUAAAUGAUUGUAAAGGUGUAGUUUAUUCAUAUCUUUCCAAACAACUAUCAUUUGAGGCCGCAAAUAAAGCAUACCGGAUACUAUCUGCUUGCAAAGUCAACAAAGUUUGUCCUUUGAAUUUUAAGGAGCCUUCAGAUGUAAUUGCUGUAUGUCGGAAUGUAGCUGCCCCUAGUCCUACCUGCUGCAGUUCAUUAAACACAUAUAUUGCAGGGCUACAAAAACAAAUGUUAAUUACCAACAAACAAGCUAUAAUAUGUGCAGCACAAUUUGGAUCUAAGUUACGUGGAGGUGGGGUGAUGACAAAUGUUUAUGAGCUUUGUGAUGUUGAUUUGAAAGAUUUCAGCUUACAAGGGGCAGCAUACGGAAUACAAGAUGUAGGAUGUCUACUUCGAAGCUUGCCUGGAGAUGUGAUAUUCGACAAUUCAACAGGCAUUAGUUUUACAUGUGAUUUAAGUGACAAUAUUGCUGCACCCUGGCCCUCAUCAUCUUCAUUUACAUCUCUAUCUCUCUGUGCACCUGAGAUGUCAUUGCCAGCAUUGCCAAUUUCACAGUCAGUUAAAAACAUUGGUUGUAAUUCUGCUGGAACGGGAUUCUAUGCGAUUAUAUUUUCAUUUUUUAUCAGUACUGUUGUACUGAGAUUUUAGGGUUUUGAAGUGUGUCAGGAAGGCAUUUCAAAGUGUCUGGUGUGGGUUUUGCAUGUAUAUUUUCUAAUGGCCUAUUGUAUAGCAAGCAUCCUUUCCCCCCCCUUUCCACCUGUCUUCUGCUUGUAUGAUCAUUCUUGAGUUGGUGCUCAUUUUAUUUAGGAUCCAUAGUUGUUCUAUGAA